AUGCCGCCCGAGACCGUCCCCUGGAACUUCCUCAAGCACUGGAUCCUCCAAAAAGAGCUCUACGAGCAAGAACACGGGCGUCCCGCGCCCCUCAACCCCCAGGAGCGCCACGCCCUCAACGCCCUCGUGCCGGGGAUAUGCGUCGCCCCGCCCCCGCCGCCGGGAGGCCAAGCCGCAUCACCGUCCACGCCUGCCACCGUCCGCCAGAGAGAUAGGCCGGUCUCGCAGCCUUCGCCUUUCACGGCCGAUGUCCCGGACGGCCAGGGAGGCGCUAUGCGCAUCCCCGUAAAGCUACAAGAGAUGGAUGCCACCGGGCCAGACUACGUCUCGGCCCUGACCACAGCGCGGUCACAAACACAGGUGUUUCGGCUAGACCACCGAUUCUUCGAGGUUAAAAUGGGCCCCUUUCAAAAAUGGGGCUGCAUCUACAUUCUCAUCGAUCGACAGAAGAUAAUCCCCAGCCUGGAUUGCGGCCUUAUCGAUGGCUGCAUGCCAUGCUUCGCUUCGAAAAAGGAGGCGAAGCAAUACGCGGCCCAUCAAGCUCUCUUGUUUCUAGACCGUGGCAAUGCGGCCAACCUACGGAGAGGAUCUAUGCCUCCCUCCCAGCCCAUAACAGCGCCCGCUCCCGCUCCCGUUCCCGUUCCGACUUCGACCCCCACCCCGACCCCGCCCAACCCCACCAGCUUCGCGCCCGACCCGUCCGCCGCCGCUCUUCAUGAACCUCCAACUGCCGACUCGGGCCUCGUCUCCCACCCUGUGCAACUCGCGGGGCCCUCAGGCCUCUCGGUCCAAGUCCCACUCCUUGGCACGGUUAGCAGCCUCGAUCCCACGCUGGUAGGAGACCAGGGCGGGGACGAAGCCGCCGACUCCGAAUCCGUGAGUGACCACAGCUACGACCUAGACCACUCCUCCGACUCGGAACCAACCGACGAACCAUGUGCUAAAUGGAAAGGCAGACACCUUGCCGAGCAAGAGACGCCUCUGCCGGAGGCGCCCGAGUCGAUCAGUAACGAAGACCAGAUUAAGGAAAUCUGCGGCCGGUUGGGGCUUCCGAACCCCCAAUUUUCCCUUGUCGAGGUAUGCUGCGUUUCCCCCUUUUGCAACGUCCGCGUCAACUUUGGCGAGGGCCCUCACCUGAUCCCUCCCGGCCUUGGGAACAUGAAUAAAGUCCUCAUGGAGCAUGCCCUGGAUAGAUCUGUCGAGCAAGUGCUGGAAUGGUUGGUGAAGCAAGAGAAUAGCACGAGACGUGUACCCGUCCGUCCUUGA